AAUUGUGUAACGGGAUGUCUAUAAAAAUAGUCAGAACAAAUGUCGUUUUUAAGUAAUCACUUCAAUGAAUAUCAACAGUGAUCUGUUACUUGUUUUGAUUGUUUCAGUACAUCAUGUUUUUUGUGUGUCAGUACACAGAACUCAAGAUAAAUGUUGCUAGUGCACAUUCAGGCAAGAUCAAUCGAUCGAUUACUCCAAAAUGAGAGCAAGCAGCCUAUUUGAUGGAAGGGGUGGACGCGACAUGCUGGAUGGAGUUGCGACGAAAAGCAUUGGGAUAUUUAUGAUAAACAACAGGAAUAUUGCAUGAAUAUAAUCUCAUUAUUAUCUGAAACUGAGAACGACGGAUAUCGAAACGACAUGCAGCUAUGAAGCGGGGACGCACGGAACAGAUCCAGCACACUGUAGCUCAAUACUUGAAGCGGAGGCAGUAUGUUGACACUGAAAGUUCCCUAAAGGGAGUGAAACUCUCUCAGUCUGCAGAGGAGAUGGCUGCCAACAUCACAGUGCAGACUGAGUCAGGAUGUCCAAACAUUGUCUCAGCUGCCCCUUGCCAGGCUGACCCUCAACAAUACGAGACACAGUUCUCCAGACUACGGAAUUUUCUCUCAGAAGCGGAAGUGCCCUGGGGCCAGGAGGUAAGCUGCAUCCUGUUCCCCCUCUUCGUCUACCUCCACCUGGGCAUGGUGCGGUGCAGCCUGAAGGGGGCGGUGGACGGCUUCUACAGCCGCUUCCACGGUCUGUUCCUGGGGGAGGCCGAGCAGCGGUCCACCGUGGAGCAGCUCCGCCACGUCCUCACCCAGCAGGACGUCGCGACUAACCCCAAGCUGCUGGCCUUCCUCGACCACAAGUACGUGGUGCACCUGACGGAGCCGGCCUACAGUUACCUGCUGCGCUACCUGCAGAGCGAGGACAACGGCGCCCUCUGCAGGGCCCUCGGCACCCACAUCCAGGUCGAGGUCACCUCUUCGCCGCGCACCGACUACCAGCUCUACGGGACGGCGAGCGCCGGGGCGGCCUCGGCGGCUGCCGCCGACGGCCCCGAGGGGGGAAAGGCAGCCGGCGUGGAGGUCCCGGCGGGCGUUCCUCAAAGCGAGGCGGCCCUGGAGGCGCUGCAGGACUCCAUCAGGAGGGUGCGCGAGGGCCCGCCGUCGCUCACCACCAUGUGCUUCUACGCCUUCCAGCACACGGAGCGGCUGCUGAACACGGCGGAGGUGUCGGCCGACAGCAGGCUUCUGGCCGCCGGCUUCGACAGCUCGGCCGUCAAGCUGUGGAGCCUCAGGGCCAGGAAGCUCAAGGCCCGGUCGCACCGGGCCGACGUGUCGCGCAUCCGCCUGUCCUGCGACGUGCUGGAGGAGGCUGAGGAGGAGGACGGCUCGGGCAGCGAGAUCAAGACCCUACGCGGCCACAGCGGUCCGGUGUUCCGCACGGCCUUCCUGACAGACAGCUCGGGCCUGCUCUCCUGCUCCGAGGACACGACCGUCCGCUACUGGGACCUGUGUAGCUUCACCAAUACGGCCCUCUACCAGGGCCACGCCUACCCGGUCUGGGACGUGGAUGUCAGCCCCUGCAGCCUCUACUUCGCCAGCGGCUCCCACGACCGCACGGCGCGCCUCUGGACCUUCUCCAGGACGUACCCCCUGAGGAUCUACGCCGGCCACCUGGCGGAUGUGGACUGCGUCAAGUUUCACCCCAACUCGAACUACCUAGCCACGGGCUCCACCGACAAGACGGUGCGCCUCUGGAGCACCCAGCAGGGGGCGUCGGUGCGCCUGUUCACGGGCCACCGGGGCCCGGUGUUGUCCGUGGCCUUUGCGCCCAACGGGAAGUACCUGGCAUCGGCAGGCGAGGACCAGCGGGUUAAACUGUGGGACCUGGCGUCGGGCGCCCUGGUCAAGGACCUGAGGGGUCACACGGACAGCAUCACCAGCCUGUCGUUCAGCCCGGACAGCAGCCUCGUGGCUUCCUCCUCCAUGGACAACUCCGUCAGGGUGUGGGAUGUCCGCAACUCCCACGGGGCGACCCCGGCAGAUGGAUCGUCCAGCGAGAUGGUCGGGCUCUACACGGGGAACACCAACAGCAUAUUCAACGUCCAGUUCAUGGCCUGCAACUUGCUCCUGGUGACAGGCACAGCACAGGAGAAACCGGAACCGUAGCCAUUUUGUUUUUUCGCCGGGUCUGUUGUUCGUAUUGAAGUUUGGGUUAAAAGUUGUCUGGACGUCUCACCUCACACAUGGUCACCGUGGAGACAAAUGUUUUUCUUUAACCAAUCAGAGGUUUAGUUCAAGGAGUAUUCUUAUUCACACCUUUGCCACUAACAUUUGGGUCUUGGCAGAUGUUUCUGAUAGAUUCCCAUCAUAAUAGAAUUUCCAUGUAGGAUGUUAGCUUGACGUGAUCAGAACGAUAAAGAAUUAUCAGAAAUGAUCUGAGAAACUGAUCUGAUAAAGCGCUUAAAAAUAUUGUUACUUGAAUUGUUAAAUAAAUCAGUGACUUUCACUUGCCAGAUUGUGUCCUAAACUGGUAAGGUUGUUAUGCUAUUAAGUGCAGAAUUGCUACCAAUGUAAGAGUAAAUACAGCUUUAAGUUUUCCCUACUAUACUGUGUAGUGGCAUUGUUCUAAUAUGUAAUGUUAAUAUUGUUUUUUGAAUAUCUGACAGUACUGUUUUUCCUUUAAGAUAUUUCACCCUGUUGCAUGUUUGUCUUUCUGGUUAUUGAUAAAGGUAAGAAAAUGA